AUGAAUUUCUUAACAUUGCGCUGUCUCCUUCCUCUGCUACUUUUGAACUUUGUUUAUUCUGGACGGAUUCUGAGGACGAUCAAGAGGCGUGCACGUGAUAACCAACUUCAGAAAAACAAGCAGCUUCUCCUGAAGCUCACGGUCAGCCUUCAUCAGCCUCUCCACCAAGUGAAGGAGGGUUGGAUUGUCCAGCCCCUCGACCAUUUCAACCAACAAAAUAGCAACACCUUCCCUCAGAGAUUCUUUGUGAAUGAGGCAUACUGGCAGCAUCAUGAUGGCCCGGUGUUUCUCUACAUUGGGGGAGAAGGGCCCCUCGUUGAGUAUGAUGUUCUGACAGGUCACCAUAGUGACAUGGCUGAAGAGCACGGUGCUCUACUUCUGGCUCUGGAGCAUCGUUUCUAUGGUGACAGCAUUAACCCUGAUGGCCUCAAAACAGAGAACCUGGCAGACCUAAGCAGCCAGCAGGCACUUGCUGACCUGGCUACAUUCCACCAGUACAUCAGCCAAAGCUUCAAUCUGACGCACAGAAACACAUGGAUCAGCUUCGGAGGCUCAUACUCUGGAGCUCUAUCAGCCUGGUUCAGAGGAAAGUUUCCCAAUCUGGUGCAUGGAGCUGUGGCCUCCUCUGCUCCAGUCAAGGCAAAGCUGGACUUUUCUGAGUAUAACAACGUUGUUGGCUUGAGCCUGUUGAAUGAGGCAGUUGGUGGCUCAGAGAAGUGUCUGUCUAAAGUGCGUCAAGCGUUUGCUGCUGUGAAAGAAGCACUGAUGAGUGGAAAUAUCAACCGGGUAGCCUCAGACUUUGGAUGCUGUCAAAUCCCCAAGGAUCCUUAUGAUCAGAUUGAGCUGAUGCAAAGCUUGGCCGACAUUUUCAUGGGAGCAGUGCAGUACAAUGAAGAAGGGGUGCUCAUGUCGAUUAAUGAGCUCUGUGGCAUAAUGACCAACAGCAGCCAGGAAUAUCAGGAUGAGAUGGAAGCCUACAACCGCCUUGUUAAACUCUCACAGAUUUACCGAUUCACCAGUAAGGAGCCGUGUUUGGACAUCUCCUAUGAGAAAUCAAUGAAGGAUCUGAUGGACACGUCAGUCCAUGCCGGUAGAAGAGGAGAGAGACAGUGGACCUACCAGACAUGCACUGAAUUUGGCUUCUACCAGACUUGUGAGGACGCCACUUGUCCUUUCUCUGGGAUGUUGACCCUGCAGGAUCAGACUAAGCUCUGUACCACGCUGUUUGGUAUUUCCCAGCAUUCCCUGCCUGCUCGCAUCGCUUUCACAAACACUUACUACGGAGGAGACAACCCCCACACACACAGCAUCCUUUAUGUUAAUGGGGGAAUCGACCCGUGGAAGACGCUGUCGGUGGUGCAGGACGGGACUGAGGAAGGAGAGGAGGCCCAGACAGUUUUCAUUAAGGACACUGCUCACUGCGCUGACAUGUCGAGUAGAAGAGUCACAGACCGCAGCUCGCUCACGAAAGCCAGACAGGAGAUUGAAAAACACGUGUCUAACUGGCUGAAGACAGCUGCCCAGAAGAAGCUGGAGAAAGGAACGUCCUGAUCAGAUCACGUUAUAACCCGAUCAGCCCUUAUCACCCUCGUCUGAAGCUGAUAAGAAAUAGUUAAUAAUCUGGCCCGCCUGUCCUCCGUCUCCUCCUUCUCCUGCUCAUCAUCUUCCAUUUCCUCCUGUUCUCUGCCCCUUUGCUGUCCAUCUAUAACAAUCUCACAGCACAGAGGCCGAUCUGUGUAUUUAUGUGUUGUUGUUUUUUUAAAGAUUGUGUGUGCUUUUGGAGAUUUCCCUCUUAUGUCUUUAUUUUGGACUUUGUGCUGAACAUUUCUGACGUUAGGCUGAUUGAGUUUUUAGAGGUUUGUGUUCUUAACGGCCAUUUCUGACCGAUUAAUUUUUAAAUGGUGCUAGUAAAAUAAAAUGUUUUUUGUUAUUUUUUAGCUGAGUUUUGUUUUUGAAGUAUUCCUCACUUGUCAUAACCAUUAAGUGUCACUAGGGUGUGAUAUUGCUACA